AUGCGACUACGAGUUCGAGAUUUCGGUGUCCUUGAGCUGUGUGAAGCUGCCGGUGAAGGCCGCCUCAAGCGUGUCGAGAAUCUGCUUGCUUUAGGCGUCGACCCAAAUGCACGAUUCGAUGACUUACAAUCCGUGCUUGAGGGCGUGGAAGAUGACUGGGCUAGCGGCGAGAAAAACACACUGCCCCCCAGAUUUCAUCAUGACUUCACUGAAGAGCCUCCUCUCCGCCGGGUUUCUCUACAAGAGAGAGGGGCUAGUUGGUCGCGCCCUGAUAAGUCUAAGACCACGCGACUUAUGAGCGUUCUGCUUGAACAUGGGGCAGACCCUUACGCUCUAUACCGCCAACGCAUCCGUCUUCAUAAAAGCCUGCCUACAUUUCCAGGGCAAUCUGUGGAUCAAGAGCAAUUCGAUGACGAGGAACUAGAUUUGAACCACGGGCUAUAUUCUCGGUGGGGUAUCAUCGAGAAAUCCCAACGGAUGGAAAUCGAAAGGUUUCGUCUCGAGCAAGCAUCAAACCCAGAGGCCCAUAGCUUUUGUGAAUUAGACCGUAUCCCCGGCCUUGAUCAUGAGCACUUUAUCGACCAUGAAGAUCGUCUGCCGCAUCCGUAUGGUGUGUGCGGCGUCAUCCAUUCUAUGCUUGAAGCUGGGAUGUUCGUGCAACCCGUGUUCGACUUCCUUGGAGACAGAUUAGACGUGGAACGACGCGAUCCGCAAGGGCGCACAUUAUUCCUUGCUGCUUGUCUGAGCUCACUUGGUUUGGAUGGUGCGGUCGAUGGUGACUGUUCCAGCCUCGCUGGGGUAAGCAGACGCGAGGGAAUCUACGACAACCCAUUCCCGCAACCGAACAAUCCAUGGAUACAGUGUGAGCGCCCGAAUUACACUACAAGGUGCACUGGCCCAUCUCUGCUUCAAUUUUUUGUUUCGCGUGGCGCAAACCUCCUUGCAGUCGACAAAUACGGCAACAAUGCUCUUCAUCUGAUUUUUGACGAGGACAAUCGCGCAGAUGAUCGACCUGCUUUAAAUCACAUUGCGAUCAAGUACCUGAUCCAAAAUUGCCCCAGUCUUAUCAAUCAGCCUAACAACGUCGGUAUUUAUCCGCUGCAUAUGGCGAUACGAUUCAUGGGUAUUGCCGGCGAUUCAGGGAGAGAACCUCCAGACGCCCCAGAAGCUAUCUAUCAUGUUGAGAUCGCUAUCAAUGAGCUUCUUUCCGCUGCCGCCAACCCACUGGCCCGUGACUCUCGAGGUAAUACCGUGCUUCACUAUCUUGCAGCAAGCAAGUUAGGAGAGAAGAACCAUCGCGUGGGUCAUGAACAAAGGCGCUUGCUUCGGGAUUUCCUCGACAAGGGGGCCGACCCAAAAGCGCGAAAUUCGAAUGGCCACACAGCACUGGAGAUCUUUCUCACCACCGGCAAUGACGACGAAAUGCCUACCGAAGAGCUGGAUGAUUACGAAGAUUUCCAUGCGGUUGGCGAAGAGGUCCUGGAUCUCUUUAUACAAGCAGGCUACAGCCUUGAACAGAGAAAUGCAGCCGGGCAGACGCUUUUACAUAUGGUAGCCACUCUGGCUUCCGAGCGAGCAUAUCCGUGGUUCAAAAUUCUACAAGCCAAGGGACUCGACCCUUUGGCAGAAGAUGAGGAGGGCAAUACUCCUUUGGAAAUCGCAAAAGAGAAUAAUGAUUUGAUACCGUACAUUGGAAAUGGGAGAAUAGAGUAG